AUGGAAGAUAAAUAUAUUGGCCUUGCAUUGGCUAUGUCCUCAUCAUUGGCAAUUGGUACUUCAUUCAUCAUUACCAAGAAAGGCUUGAUGGACGCAUCAGCUCGGACUGGCAGCACAGAGGGUGUUCAAGCUCUGGAUUAUCUUCAAAACCCAAUUUGGUGGGGAGGUAUGAUCACCAUGGCAAUUGGAGAAAUUGCCAAUUUUGCUGCAUACACAUUUGCACCUGCUAUUUUGGUCACACCGUUGGGGGCAUUAUCUGUUAUCAUAGGUGCUGUUUUAGCGGCAAUAUUUUUAAAAGAGAGAUUAGGAACCUUGGGUAAAAUGGGCUGUGCUAUCUGUCUAAUGGGUUCAGUAAUCAUUAUUUUGCAUGCUCCACCAGAUAAAGAGGUUCAAACCGUGGAUGAAAUUUUGGGAUACGCCACUCAGCCAGGGUUCUUGUUUUAUUGUACAGUGGUUACACUUUACUCGUUAUUUAUGAUCUACAAAAUCGUUCCCAAGUAUGGAAAUACGAAUCCAAUGAUUUAUUUAUCAAUCUGUUCUUCUGUCGGGUCUAUUUCAGUUAUGUCUAUUAAAGCCUUUGGAAUUGCCCUUAAAUUGACUUUGGGUGGGAACAACCAGUUUACACACGUUUCAACAUACUUGUUUUUGGUUGUAGUGGCAUUGUGCAUUGUCACGCAAAUGAAUUAUUUCAACAAGGCGUUGGACCAGUUUGAUACCUCAAUUGUGAAUCCAUUGUAUUACGUCACUUUCACUACUUUUACUUUGGCAGCCUCGUUUAUAUUAUUCAAAGGGUUCAAUACAUCAUCUGCAGUUGACAUUAUCUCUUUGUUGAUUGGUUUCCUAAUUAUUUUCAGUGGUGUUUAUUUGUUGAACAUCUCAAGAACAGAAAGCCCAAUGGCCAAUAGAGAUAGAGAAAUCUUUGGUGUGCACACGUCAAAGGACAUGGCUCCUCUAGAUAAUGGGGUUGGCGGGUUUUCGACGGUAAGAAGAUCUAUGCAAAUCAAUAGAACUUCUGAAUACGACAAUGAAGAAAGUGUUGGUUUGAGAAGAUUCGAUAGCUUUGAAAUAGAUAGCGGUGACGAAGAUACAAGGAAUUAUAGACAAUGA